UUGGGUUACACACAGAGUUCGAUUUCACUUGUUGCUCUUUCUACGCAAUAAACCAUGUUCACUGCUCAAAAGUGGCAGCGAAUUAAGUCUGGGUAUCGUGGGCCUGAAGACUUCUACCCAUUGAGACAUGUCGGCAUCCGUGAAUGGGGCAGGGGCUUCACUCUCCCGGACUCCGCUGUCUUGGGUGGAAAUAUCGACGUUCUCCAACCGGGGAGGCAUGCUGAGUUCUCCAUCACAAAUCUCAUUCAUGUCACCGAUUCAAAUGGAGCCCAAGGUAUUCUCGACGAUCAAUGCUUGAAGAAAGCAAAGAUAAAGCAGAUUGGAGAAGAGCUCAAGGUUCUCUUCUCGUGGUGGAGCAUCCAAGUCAGCCCGCAAGAAGUAGACAGGAAAAAGGAAGUUAAGAGAAAUAUUAUUGACGAACAGCUGAGGCAAACCAUCCAGGAGUCUCUACCCCAAAAUGUAAAAUGUUUGCGGGAAGACCUUUUGAAGCAAUAUAUCAGCUCUCCCGCUUUCUUGGAACAAUCCUAUUACGGAAAUUUCAAAUUCACCUACAAUAUCAAUGAUCUAAUCGGUGAAUAUAAAAAAUCGGUUUGUCAGGGUAAAGAUCCCGUGUUCAGCGUAUUGGGAACUUUCAGAUAUAACAUCGAAAUCAUGCACACCGUGGCAGUCCAUCCUCCCGGGGUCAAAAUAUUUGAGCAAUGCCCUCACCUCCCUUCUGAAGUGAUUUCCCAGGAAGGUACCAAAUGGGUCUGGAGACCAGAAUCCACAGGUUCUGAAAUCCGAGUGCUCAAGCAGAAUGACAGUGGGAGCUGGUGGGUCGAUGAGUGUUAUCCAGACUGCCGGCGGUGGGAAUUCGUGAGCUUUGCUUUCUACCUGCCAGAUGAGAAACCGGAGUUCCCGGUCCGGCUGGAGUUCAAACACCUCACUGUCUGCGAUAUGGAGGAAAGUCAACGAUUUCGGCCGCCUUAUACGUACAUGACCCGGGAAGAAGCGGAGAAUUUCUAUCAGUUAUUGCGCUGCCGAAAUAGACAGCUGUAAGCAGUCUUUAUCUAAAUAUUAUAUUUCUGUCUAUACCGGUUACAUUGAAUACUUUCACUUUUUUGGAAACGUGAUAAAUAAUGUUGAAUCUAAAAUCUAAUCGGGAAUACAGGGAAUUUGAUUAUGUCGCGCUCCAUUUUGAGUUGAUAGAUUAUGGAUUAAGUGAAUGACAAUGUCGCCAAUGAAUGUAUCUUCAAUGAAAUGGAGUACAAAUAAACAAAUAUAAUCUGA